CUCAGCGGGGCGGAAGUGGGGCUCGCCGGCGUCGGUCCCGCGGGGUCCUGAAGGAGCAGGGCAUUAGGGGCUGCGCUUGGGCUGGGGUCCCGCCCCCGGAGAAAAGAUGAAUGCUGUUGUCUUCACCGUCACAAUCCUGUUGGAGACUGUCUGAGCCCAGCCUCGGGCAGGCCAUGAGGGUGAACCAGAACACCGUGCUGAGGGGGAAGAGAGUGGCACUGGUGCCCUACACUUCAGAACAUGUGCCCAGAUACCACAAGUGGAUGGAGUCAGAAGAGCUGCAGCGGCUCACGGCCUCCGAACCCCUGACCCUGGAUCAGGAGUACGCAAUGCAGCUCAGCUGGCAAGAGGACGCUGACAAGUGCACCUUCAUCAUACUGGAUGCAGACAAGUGGCUGGGAACCCCAGGUACAGCUGAGGAGAACUGCAUGGUGGGGGACGUGAACCUGUUUCUCUCCAACCCGGAGGACCCCUCCGUCGCAGAGAUCGAGGUUAUGAUUGCAGAACCCAGCUACCGGGGCCGGGGUUAUGGUACAGAGGCUGUUCUGAUGAUGAUGCUGUAUGGUGUGACCAGGCUGGGACUAGCUGCAUUUGAGGCCAAAAUUGGGCAGGAGAACGAACCCAGCCUGCACAUGUUCAGAAAGCUCCACUUUGAGCAGGUGGCGGUGAGCCCCGUCUUCCAGGAGGUGACGCUGCGCCUGGCCAUGGGGAGCCUGGAACGCCAGCGGCUCCUUCAGCAAACGAGCCACGUGGAGGAGACGUCGUACCGGCCGGCACCACCGGGCCAAGGGGACCUGACGGGGCCAGCCCAGGAGCACUGUGGGACUCCCGCUGUCACCCCUUGAGGCUCUCGGCUGCCCCCCAGUCCGAGUAGGGCCUUCCCGGGGUCCCCGGGGUGGGACAGUCCCCUGUCUCCCUUGGCCUCGGAGACUGGCGCACCGAUGGCCACUGGGGGCUCCAAGCCGUAGCCAGCAGUAAAGUGCCUGUGCCCCCCAGUCGCUGCCUUGGUGUCUUCUGCAC